AUGAGCACGAUGGACCUGGAGAUCGCCGCCGGGUACGGCGAGUGCAGCGUCUGCUUCGAACAUCUCUGCGCCAAGGGAGCGAGCGUGAUGGUAGACGGCAGCGGGCAGCAGGCUGGCUUCUUGCGCGCCGAGCGCCUGCCGAGGCGGGUGUGCCGCCACUUCCUGUGCCAAGAGUGUGCACCAACCAUCAUUCCGCGCAAGUGUCCCGUGUGCCGGAGGGACUUCGUAUCGACCUUGGACGUGCCCGACCCGAUUACGGACCCGGUCCGAUGGUUCCACGUCGUCGACCGUGACCAGUAGGAAGGAACGAUUGGCCAUCGGUGAUCGUUCCUGUGGGAACAAUGCCCCGUCCUCUCGAGGACGCGUGGUCAAUGGUCUAACCGCUAAGGCAUGCAAAACAUAAGAGUACGCCCCCCC